CGCGACAACUCCGCGAUACUUUAAGGGACUUCAACGUUUCGGUUGAAAACCUCAGAGUUUAGGUUUAGGCUUCAGUCAUCACAUUUGCCCGGAUUUUUAUUAUAUAACACCGCUAGAUAGCCCGUAGUCAGACGAACAAGUUCACCUGAUAUACUGUAAAGACCAUGGCCCAUUUGCCACAGCAUGGCCCAUUUCCCACCCUAAGUGCCACAGCUAAAUGGUAUGACAGACGAGACUUUGUUUUUGUAGAGUUCUGCGUGGAAGACAGUAAAGAUGUACAUGUCCAGUUGGACAAGUCAAAAUUUGAGUUUAGUUGUGUCAGCGGAAAAGACAAAUACAACAAUGAAAUUGAGCUUUUUGGGGAAAUUGAUCCCAAACAAUCGAAACACAGCCGCACAGACAGGUCUGUGCAGUGUUGUUUACGAAAAGCAGAAGUUGGGAAAUCAUGGCCACGACUUACCAAAGAAAAAGCAAAGUUUAAAUGGUUGAGUGUGGAUUUCAACAACUGGAAAGACUGGGAAGAUGACUCGGAUGAGGACAUGUCAAGUUUUGACAACUUCUCAGAGAUGAUGAACAACAUGGGUGGAGAUGAUUUACCCGAUUUAGAUGGUGCAGAAUAUGGUGCAGAAGAACAUGAUUCUGCAGACAGCGAUGAUGAAAAGAUGCCAGACCUCGAGUAGGCAAACAUGGCUGCCACCUCACUAGAGAUCAAAACACGUUGUGAGUCUGAAGAACGAAAUUAGGCAAUGAGUUGGCAGCCACAUUGAAGAUGAACCUCUCUCUAUAUCCCGUUUCCAAAGUGAAAUCCCUGCAGAAAGCAACGGGGAGUGACUGUUGGAUACAGACAUGCACAGGCAUCCAUAACAACAUACAGUGCUGUGCUUUGCUGUUUUGUUCUGCAUGGACGAUUCUGUUCAAAUGAAAAUGUUGUUGUUCCCUGGCUUAAAUGACUAUUGGGAUGUGCUGAUGUCUUAUACCCUGUUUCUCUUCUGUUUUGUUGUUUGUUUUUUUUUCUUGUCAGGUUAUGUAAACACAUUGUGAUUUUUAAUGACAAAAAAGAAACUGAAAAUGCCUAUUUUCCAAGAAGAACAUUUUCUAAUGACAGACUUCCCCCUCUUUAAUGUUUGUAUUGUAAAUUGCACUUAUGUUUAAUUUAAGUGGCAAGAGUUCUGCUUUAAAUUGGUUUUCCAGUGUCUUUGGUCAUAUGCAAAUAUUUAACAGUAAUUUCACUUUUUUUUUAAUAUGUCGCAGCAUUUAAAAUAAACAUGCUUACAACUACAGAUUUGUGUUAAAAAUAUGGCGGUUGAGUUUACGAUCUUAUGUGUUCACUCCUUGGAAAGGCAUUGUUUUCUUUAUGCAAUCCAUUAAAGAGAUCUUUCAUUGUUGCAAAUAAAACAGAUAAGUGUUUUUUUUUUUUACAUCUUAUGAAUUGAGAAGAUUAUGCAUUUUUCUAAAAGUUGAGUACAAGUUACGCACAACAUGAACAACAAAUACGCUUUGAGUGCACGUUUGAUUCUGGGUGUUAAAUGUGUUCAUUGUAGGAAGUGGGAAUGUAAGAAAGAUUUCUAAUGAACUUUCUUGAACCAUUGACCACUGGUCAUAAACGGGGCAAUAAUUAUUACCCUAUUUGGUAUUUUUCAAAAUCCAUCCAGAGUCGAGAUGCUCUAUGUUAUCCAAAUGAUUGGAUCACUCACUACACUCUGGCAGUCGCAUCCUGUUUUUACUACAAAUAUGGUUCCUGUACCAGGGUGGACCUAUAAUACAACCUGCAACUUCAAUAAAAUUGU